UCAUCAUAUAUAUGGAGUCCCAAUGGCAAGAAAACUCAUUGUCUGAUCUGAAAAUGUUAAUCAAAGAGUUGAAUUGCGGCCAAGAAUUCACACACAAGCUAAGAGAUGUGAUAAAACAAUCUCUAGUAAAUGGAGACAUGAAUAUGUUGGCUGAGAAUUUGGUAGGGCAAAUUAUGGGUUCAUUUUGUAAGACUUUGUCAAUACUAAACACUAGCAACUCCAAUGAAGAUUCUCAGAUUCCGAUGGUGGCCGUUUUUCCUUGUCCGAAAGACGGACGGACGUCGCCGGAAGACUCAACGGGCAGUUGCAAGAAAUCAUCAGCAAAAGAUCGAAUAGGAUGCAAUAAGAAAAGGAAAAUUUCAGCGAAAACCGUUAAAGAAACCUCAACUUUGGCGGAUGACGGACAUGUUUGGAGAAAAUAUGGCCAAAAACAAAUUCUUGAUGCCCCUUAUCCAAGGCAUUAUUAUAGAUGUACCAACAAAUUUGAUCAAGGAUGUGAAGCAAUUAAACAAGUGCAAAGAAUUCAAGACAAUCCACCACAGUUUCGGACAAUAUACCAAGGUCAUCACACAUGUACAACUUACCCCACAGCUUCCCAAAUACUCUUAGAUUCUUCAACAGAUUAUGAAAAUUCUUCAAUCCUACUCAGUUUUAAUACCAAGGAUAAUCAUUAUUACCAUCCUUAUAAUUUUCCCACAUUUUUUUCAACAAAAAAAGAAACUAAAGAGGAAAACUCCCCAAGUUUCUUCUACCCUAAUAACAACCAAAACCAAAUAUCAACUUCCGACUAUAUUCUUCCGGCCAAUGAUUAUUGGACUCCGGCAACUGAAACCUCCGGCAAUGUUAUGGCGACGGCGUUAUCGUCGGCGUCUGAUAAUGUGGAUUACAUCUCAUCUGAAUCAGUUACUAGCACUCACAAUUUGGAGAUGGAGAUGGAGAUGGAGAUGGAGAUGAUGGCGGGAAUUGACUUUGACGAUUUGCCUUUUGAAUUUUAAGGGUAGAUUUUUCUCUCAUAUUUUUUUGGGAGUAUAGGUAGAUUCAGGAUAAGUUCUUGUGAAUUCAACUAAAUUAAUUACUUUCGGGGUUCUAACUAUGUAUACAUAAGUAUAAGUUAAAAUAAUAUAUAGUGUAUACAUGUAAUAAAAUUAGACUUAUUUUAGAAGGUUGGUGCUUUAGCCGCGGACUGUGGUUUGACUAAUGAACUAUAUAAUUUUCUCAAACAAAUUCUUGUACAAGUGAUGUCAUAAUGUUCUUUUGUUUCA